AAUUUAUAAGUACUCUUCUUGUAUAUAUGCUGUCGUCUGAGUCCAAGUUUCAAUAUCAUAAUUUUCCAGUUUCUUCUUCUUCGCAAGAGAGAUGACGAUCGGAUUAAUGGAGGUGAAUCUAGCGGAUGCUCAUGGUCUCAGCAAAUACGAUUUCUUCCAUAAAAUAGAUCCAUAUGUGUUGAUUCAAUACAGAGAUCAAGAACACAAGAGCAGUAUUGCCAAAGGGGAGGGAAGCAACCCAAAAUGGAACCAAAAAUUCACAUUCAGGGUAGAAUAUCCAGGAGCAGAUGAACAACCUAAGCUUGUUUUCAAGAUUAUGGACCAUGACACCUUCUCACCUGAUGACUACGUUGGACAGACAACGAUGUACUUGAAAGAAGUGUUGGCAGUUGGAGUGGAGAAGGGAAAGUCAGAGCUACUUCUUCAAAAGUACAGGGUUGUGGAUAAGAAUCAAAGCUACCGUGGAGACAUUCGAGUAGGUCUCACUUUCACCCCAAGGGUGGAAACAGAAAGUCAUGCACAAGAAUUUGGAGGAUGGAAAGAGAGCCAAUGGUAAUUUGUAUCUGGAAAUUGUACAUGUGGAUUUUCUAUUUGGUUUGCUUUUGUGUCAUAAAACUUGAAAUAGGUUUGUAAUCCUGUCAUGUUUAUUGUAUAUUUAGGGGGUGUUUGGGAUUGCUUGU